AUGGUCCCGGCCGCCCCGUUUGGCUCUGGCACGGCUGAAGCACGUGUCGCGGCGGCCAUCAGUCGGCCGGCCGGCAGCGCCGACCCGGAGGAUCCGCCCGAGACGAGGGAUCGCCGGCUCAUGGAGCUCAAGCUGAUGCUUCGGUACGUUACGGAGACGGGCGGCACCAUUGCCAUCGACGACAAGACCCGCUUCCUGUACUGCACCCAUAUUCCCGAGCUGGCCCUCAAGUCGGAUGCCUUGCUCUACUGCAUGUAUUCGCUUGCGGCCCUGCAUUUCGCCGCCUCGGACAAGAACAAGGAGCCGGCCGUCGCCGACGCGCAUCGCAGGUACCUCUCCAUGGCGCUGCGGGAGCACAACAAGGCGCUGGCGAGCAUCUGCGCCGCCAACGCCGACGUCGUGUGUCUGACGUCGAGCUUGUUCCGCGUCUGCUCCUUCACCUUGCUGCAGGAGCGCCCGAGGCAGCCGUACGAGCCGCCGGUGGAGUGGCUGAUGAUGAAUGCGAGCACGACGGCCGUCUUCCUUGCCGCCUUCAAGAUUGUCGGGGACAACCCACAGUCGGUGGCGUACAAGCUGCUGCACACGAGCCCCGUCAUCAACGACGAGGGCGAACGGUUCGGCGAGAUGCGGCGCAAGGGCCUCGAGUACAUGCUGCAGCGCGAUGCCAGGCGAGACGCCGACGAGCCGUGGGAUGCCGAGAUUCAGGACGCCUACGAAACGACGCUGAGCUACCUCGGGGGCGCCGUCGAGGCCGUUAGGAAGGACGAGGUGGCCGAGGUCUGCAGGAGGUUAAUCAUCUUUCCCAUGCUGGUCAAGGGGAGGUUCAUCGAGCUGGUUCAAGAAGGGCACCCGCGGGCCAUGGUGCUCCUGUCGUAUUACUUUGCUCUGCUUUCCCUCUAUAAGAAUGUCUGGUGGAUUGGCGGGGCCGGCGUCUAUGAAGUGCGCUGCAUCGCCAAGUCGCUGACGGGCGACUGGCUGGCCAUGACCAAGUGGCCGUUGGAGGUGGUGGAGAGCGGCAAGGUGCCUCCACUCCUCAACGGCGACGACGGCUAG